CACUUUGAAGAGUUUAUUCCAAACUGCUGUAGAUUUUGUCUUGAAAACUCUUUCAAUACAAUCUUAUUCAUUUGAUGGUAAAAAAGAUGAAUUGAGCUUAAAAUACAAAAUCUGUAGCUUUUUAACGACAAAUCAAUAUUUAAAAGUGUCUAAUAACACCAAUCGCCAUGAAAGGACAAAACACAUCGAGUAAACGUUAUUCAUCAUUUGUCACUAUUAACCAUUGUUUAGUAACAUUCUUGGUCAUUGUUUUAUCCAUCAAUCGUUCCCAUGCUUUUCGGUUCUGGUGGACUGGACCAGAGCCUGUCGCUUCCACCACUGAGCCACCAGAAGAGAUGACAUCUUCUACUGGCGAAUAUUACACUCCACCUCCAUUCGAUUAUUCUAGAGUUAUCACCGUUAACAGAACUUACAAAGUUAAUUGGUCCACUGAACUUCCUAAACUUUUUGACACGACUCCACCUUAUCUCACUGCGACACCAGAAGGAGUUCAAAAGACAUUUGAAGUUUCUGGUGAAUUGGUUUCUCCAAAUGAUGAUACCACUAGACCAUCAGUGAAUCACUGGCCAACUUAUCCACCGUUUACCACUGACAAGGCACCAGAGGAAAAUACACAGAUAUUUGGAGAUGCUGGCAGAAGCAAUGAGUCUCCUCCUGAAGCUGUUAACGAUAAGUUAACACAAGAGCCUCGCUCGCAAUUUGUGCAUCGUUAUUUUUGUAAAUGUUAUGAAGGGAUUUGUACUAUUUAUAAUGACAAUCGUGCAAUGACCUCCACAACUUUUCCCACUGAGACAACCGUAAAAAAUCUUGAGAUAUACAGCAAUUCAUCUACUGAAGACGUUACUCAUAUGCUUAGCCCAGAUUCGAUCAGGUUACCUGAAAUAUUAACUAGUACCAGCCCUACUGAAUCUACAGUUCAAUCUCAAACCUCUUACGACGUUUUGGUGCCAACUUCAACAGAAGGUGAUCCAAAGAUAUUUGAAGAUGUUACCCCUGAACCUUCAGUAGAGAAUCCCUGGCCAACUGUGAAUUGUCACGCCGAUGAGUUUAGUUGCCACUCGAAAAGGUUGUGUAUUAAACCGCAUUUGGUUUGUGAUGGAAUCAAUGAUUGUGAUGAUGGAUCAGAUGAGCUUAUGUGUGAUAGUAGGCUGCAAAUUUUAAGUUCAGAUUUUAUUUGCGGGAAUGAUGACUGUAUUCAGUCAUACGACCCUGACCAAAGUCCAUCUGCCUGUGGUCAAUGGGAUUUUGGAAAUAUUCAUGUAGCAUGUAAAUAUAAGAAUGAAAAAGUACCUUCGGUCGUCUUUUCCUCACUGAAUGCCUUGUACGAGACUAUUGUACCAAAAAAUGAAUCAAAAAUACAUGCAAACAAGGCAAUUCGAUUUGAUUUGAGUGGAAUAAGUGCUUUUCAUUACGUAAAUAACUACGAUAUUUUAAUUUGGUUAGAUACAAGUAAAAACAAGAUAUAUUGGACAACAUUUUGGCCAAGCUUAAGAAAAAUUGGCGGAUUGGAAAUCUUGAACCAUCAAGUAUCUAUUAAUGGGACACAUCAAAUUCAUGGAUUUGUUUAUGAUUGGGAGAACAACGCCUUAAUUUGGGUUGAUGACUAUGGAAUCAGAUCAGAUGAACUGUAUAUAGAAUCUUUCAUAAAUCAAACUAAAAUUUACCGUACUUUGGAUCCUUCUUAUGAUAGACUUGGAUCUAUCACUAUCGAUGUAAAAAACAGUUCAUCUUCUGGACAAAUGUUGGUGUUGGUCCAAAUAGAUCUAAUUUCAUCGAGCAAAUCGAUAUAAGUGGCGAACCUAGAACCGAGAAAAUAGUUGAAACGAACAUCUUGCGUCCAGUUGGUUUAGCCAUUGACACUGAAAACACCAAAGUCUAUUGGAUUGAUGGCUUAUAUGGCACGUUGGAAUCGGUCGGAUAUGAUGGAACCAAUCGUAUCAUUUUGUAUGAAUCUUUACCCUUCAUAGAUGAACUUAUAUCAAUGGACAUAUUUUCAAAUUAUUUGUACUUCACUGAUAAGAUAAACAGUACAAUCCAACGUAUCAAUAUAAACAAUGCAGUCAAAAAA